UUCAAAUUUUACGAAGGAAAAAGAAAAGCAGCGAGUGGAGGGAAUUUACGUUUAGGUAUUGCGCUUUGUUAUUAUUUUUUAUUCAGCUGCAAAUCUCGCUUUUAUAAGAAGUGAGUCAUGUUUUAAAGUCACUGAAAUGCCUACAGCUGUUUGUUGUCUUCAGUUUAAUGUUGUUGUUGCUAUGAGCUUAUGGGUGUCUCGUCUGACAGUCGGAUAGAGACACAACACACACACUGACUGAAACAAAACACGCCUGAGGAAAUACAGUACUGUUAGAAUAAGAUUUUGUGCGCUCUAUUACUUGAAUGAAUUGAAGAUGGAGCAGCUGAAUUUAGGCAAUGAGGCAGUGAAAUCCUCAAGAAGGAGACUGUCUUCGAUUUUAAAAGCUCCUCGAACAUCUAUGAAAAUACUUGGAGCUGAGCAGGAGGAACAAAAGGAGGAAAUCGUCAAACCUGUUGAGAAGAAGAGAAAUUCACGAAGAGUGAGUUUUGCCACUACAAAUAAUGUACGAGUGUUUACAAAUGACGCAAAGAGUGAAUCUCCUGUUCUGGCAUCCAUACAAAACACACAAGUUGCAGGAGACAGACCAAAUGAAAAGAUUUUGCGUUUUGUGGAUGAGGGAAGUCACCAAAUCAAAGGCCUGGAUACUUUAUUGAACACUCCUCUUUAUCUGUCCCAGCAUAAGGAGAAUUUCUUCUCCGAUCCAGUCUUGCAAGAUGACUGUGUGGAUAGAACAAUGCUACUUGGAGAGGAUACUGGAUACAUGGAUAUUACUCACAGUCACACAAUCACAAUUGAUGAGGAUUAUGACAUUGAAAAAGAGACAAACCCAGAUUUAAGCAUCAACAUGGCUCAGACGGUCCGUGAUGGUCUGAAUGUCACAAGUCAGAAGGUUUUGCCACGUGAAGCAAAAGCAGAGAGGAAAAAUGCUGCAAAUGACUCAGACUUCAGUGCUUUUCUCGCCAGUAUGAGCUUACCCACUGUAAAUACCGUUAAGCUCCAAAAUCCGGCCAAUACAAGCACAUCGGAAAUUGAUAAGGAGAAUCACUUACCAUCUUUUUUAAUGAAGCAACAUCCAGGUGACAAGGGUAACUCACAACAACCCAGUGGACUUCAACGUAGACGUUCCCGUGUUGCAUUUGUUGAAGACGAUGAUUUAGAGGUAACCAAGAGUCACACUGUUGUAAUUGAAAACAAAGAUAAUACUCAGCGUUUUACACCCUCUGUUUCUGAAAAUCAAAGAAGUGUUGCGUUCAUGACAUCUGCCUUUUCAAACGUCCCGGAUGACAUGGAGCUCACUUUGAGCCAGACUGCUGCAAUCAAUGUUAAAGUUACAGGAAAUAUCACUCGCAAUGUCCAGGCUGCGCUGGAUCACAACAGAUCCCAACAUUUCCCUGAGGAUGACGAUGCAAUGGAGAUGACAGGGGCUUUUGAUGCAUCUGUUCGUGAAAAAGACCUCACAAUGAGUAUGAAAGAGCAAACUCAGCCUUCAGUUCCUACAAUAAGGAGGAUGUCCUCCUUUAAUAUGGUGGAAAAUGGAGAGACAACAGAUCAAAAUAAAGCUGGAUAUUUACAGAGCAAUGUCUCAGUAGCCCAGACUGCUAAUUCUGAUGAUAUGGAAAUGACGGGAACAUUUGAUGUACCUGUUAGAGAAAAAGACCACACAGUGAGUAUGAAGGAGUCAGCUCAACCUCCAAUUCUCAAAGUAAGAAGGAUGUCCUCCUUAACCAUGAUUGGAAAUGGAGAGAUGAGCAAUCUCUCAAUAGCCCAAACUACUAAUUUGGAUGAUAUGGAGAUGACUGAGGCUGUAGAUGUAUCUAUUCGAGAAAAGGAGGAAGUUCUGUUUCCCAAAGCAAGCAAGGUGUCCAUUUUUGAUUCCUUUGGAAAUAGAGAAAUAGUGGAUCGAAACAAAUUUAACAGCAACUUCAUAGCUCCAACUGCUAAUCCUGACGAUAUGGAGAUGACACAGUGUCAGACUAUUGUUCUCGAGGACAAACAAUCAAGUGGAAACAAGCCAUUCAGCAACUCAAGGAAGAGUUUGCCUCUUGCAUCGUUAUCCAGAUCUGUUCGAGAAGAUGAGCAUACCGGAACUAUAAAGGAGGAAGCUCUGCAUCCAGUUCCCAUAGUAAGAAGGAUGUCCUCCCUAAAUGUAAUUGGAAAUGGAGAGAUGAGCAAUCUCUCAUUCGCCCAAACUGGUAAUUUGGAUGAUAUGGAGAUGACUGGGGCUGUAGAUAUUUCUAUUCAAGAAAAGAAGGAAGUUCUGUAUCCCAAAGCAAGCAAGAUGUCCAUUUUUGAUUCCUUUGGAAAUGGAGAAAUAGUGGAUCAAAACAAAUCUAGCAACAAAUUCAUAGCUCCAACUGCUAAUCCUGACGAUAUGGAGAUGACACAGUGUCAGACUAUUGUUCUCGAGGACAAACAAUCGAGUGAAAGCAAGCCAUUCAGUAACUCAAGGAAGAGUUUGCCUCUUGCAUCUUUAUCCAGAUCUGUUCGAGAAGAUGAGUAUACAGGCAAUAUAAAGAAGGAAGCUCUGCAUCCAGCUCCCGGAGUAAACAAGACCUCCUGCUUUGAUUUAUUUGGAAAUAGAGUGAUAAUGGAUCACGACAAAUCAGGACAUCUUUCAGUAGCCCAAACUCCAAAUUCUGAUGAGAUGGAGAUGACACAGUGUCAAACUAUUUUUCUCGAUGCCAACCAGGUCAGUGGAGACAAACCUUUAAGCAACACAAGGAAGAAUUGGCCUCGUACAUCAGUAUCUGGAACUGAAGGCAGUGAUGGGAUGGACAUGACUCAGGCAUUUACAGGGCGUAUAAUACUAAACGCUCUUUCGGCCUCCAAGAAGGAAAGAGGUGAAAGCAUUCUAAUGCCUGCUACAACUGCAUCAGCUCAACAUAAUGAGAGUGACUGUAUGGACUUGACAUGCCAACCAAGUACUUUUGAUGGGAUUUCUCCCCCAAGUCCUGAUGAAAUGGAAUUGACCAGAUGCACCACUAUUAACAUUGACUCAAACCGUACCUGGUUAGGGGGUGCUAUGAAUAUCACAGGUUCAAGAAGAGCACCAUUCUCUGCAAAUCAAACGAUCACUGUGGUUGAACCUAUGGAGAUGACAGAGGUACACAUGGCACCAAUCAGUGAGCAAAAGCAUAAAGCUUUUAUGACUCGAAGAAAGUCAGGAGCAAGAAUGAUGCCCUUGAUGUGCGAUCCCGAAAGCACUGAUAACCGUCAGACUGAUUUCUCAAACCCUGAUGACAUGGACAUGACACAAUGUCAGACUGUUGUGCUUGAGGCUGAAAACUGCAAGAGGCCCAAACCAUUCAGUAAAUCCAGGAAGAGCUUGAACCUUGUAUCUACAUCCUCCAGUCCUGAUGUUGACGGUAUGGAGAUAACCCAGGCACUCACUGGCAGUAUCGUGUUAAAGAGCUUUGUAUCCAAUGAGGAAAGUAAGCAUGAGAGAAAUCUGUUGCCUGUAGCACAAAGUUGUCAAACACAGGAUGAGUCUGACUGCAUGGAAAUGACAUGUCAAGCCAGUGCAUCAAAUCUGGCUAUUCCCUGUGUUGAUGAUGAAAUGGAACUAACAGGAUGCAACACGAUUGCAGUUGACUCAAAAAGCACAUUGGCAGCAAGUGCUACAGAGAUCAAAGCGCAAGAAAGUGCACUUUGGGCAUCAACAUCUGUUUCUAGAGGCACUGUGGCAAGUGAAGAACAAAAUGAGGUGAGUGAAGCUGCCAAGUGUGCUAUUAACCAUGUCUUCCCCUCAAAACAUGUUUUAGAUCUUGAUAGCACAAACAUUAAAUGCAACAACACAGAGACAAUAUCCUAUUGCCCAGCUGGCAUGCAAGCAGACAAAAAUGUGAUGAUGACCGAUGAAGACAUGCAGGUUAUGAAUGUCCUUACAAUGCCUAUUGAAAUAGAGGAAAGUGUUUCAUUAAAUGAGAAAGAAGAAGCACAUAUAAAGACUUUCUGUGACACUAGAAAUGAAGAGGAGGGUCAAGCACUUUGGCAUAACAAGGAACAAAGUACAAGCUCAGUCCAAAUCGAAGGUUCCUCCUCAAAUGAGUCUGUUGUUGAUUCCUUCAUUAAAGAAGAGCUGCAACAUGCAAAAGCAAGACGGAGGAGUCUAGCUGACUUUCAAAUGGAGCUUCACAACAUGUCACGGCGUAUCCAGGAUGAGCACAAAGUGAUGACGGGAAGCACAACUGCGCCUCUGCCUUCUUAUUCCCUCCCAGAGAAUUCCCCUAAAGAACAGUGUGAAAUGGACAUUUCCAGUCAGCCAACUUCAAAUGUCACGCCUAACAUCAAACAGAUAAAUAAUUCUGUUAAAAAUGAGAAGACCACACCUUUUAGUCUUAAAAAGAAGGGUUUCUCGUCGAGGUUGUCUCUUUGUGGUAUCGUACCAAAACUACCGAAACGAGCUACAACUGCAACUCCCAACAAAACUGUGACCAUAAGUACUAAUGAUUCGCAAUGUCUCCAACUAGAGAAACACUUUGAUGUUGUUGAACAAAAUAGCAGCUGCAAAACAGUCGAUAUUAAUGACGAAGAGUUCCCUGAAAUGAGCAGCGAAGAAGACUUGUCACGGAGUCUCGAAAAUUGGCCAAUUAACAAGCAGGAUUCUUCGGAUGAUUCUUUGGCUGUACCUAAAACUGAAGAGCCUUUGGAGGAUACUGUCUUUGAGUCAGCCACAAGCACGAGUCCAUGUUUUAAAAGGCCGCAUCCAGAGGAAGACCCUAUUACAGCAGAACGAACCAAGAAAGCCUGCGUUUCUGACAUGGGGCCUGACUGUCAUGAAGCUGCCGUACAGUGGGAAGGUAAUUUUACAAGGCAUGCCGCUCAGAAUCCCAAGGCAAAGACAAUUGAAGAUACAGGAGUGUCUGAAUCCACUCUCAGAUACUCGCAGUUCGACUCACAUUUGGAUGGGACGCUGGAUCAUGCAUUUGAUUUCAACAAGAAACUUGAGGAUGGAAGCAUCACAGUGAAUGAGUUCCUAAGCCACUUUGGUAUCAACUUCGUCAUCCACAGAUCCAGACCAAGUGCUCUACCUGACAGUUGUAGAGCUGGAGAGACACGUACCAUGGAGGAUUUGCUCAAAGAGAAAUACAUAUACCACCCCAAGCAGAGAGUAUAUGAGCAAGACUGUAAAAAUCUUACAGAGAUAGUAGAGAGACUUAAAGAGCAGAUGCCUGAACAGGAAAAAUCCAUGGGAUGCAUCAAUGGAGCCCUUCAUCAAGAGAUAUGUACUCUCUCUGAAGAGCAAUUAAAAAGGUUUGGCUCCAAGUUGAAAGAGCGAAGAGCUUACUUUGGAAAGCGAAGCAAAGCACUUUCUCAUGAAAUGAAAGGAGUUUUGUACUCUGAGCUCAUCAAAACAACACAGGAUGCAAAACAGAGCCUGAUAUCUAAAAUCAAAGAGACGGACGAAAUGAUUGAAGACUUGGAUGGAUGCAUUAAUGAUUUAGAAACUGAACUUGGAUUUGUAGAGGCAAUGAUUAUGGGAGAUCGUCUUGAUGCUCCUCGAACAAGACCAGCCUUAAAAUCCAAGGAAGAGGAUUUACACAGGCUUAAUGCAGCUGUCACUGAAAAGGAGAGGAAAAUUGGUGAGUUGGAGAUUCAGCUAAAGACUUUGGAGAGCCAACAGGAGAAGUUGCACAGGGAAUCCAGUAGCCUUAAGAGUAAUCUUGCAACCUUGAACAGUUUGAACGAGUGGCGUCUUGAUGCGACAGAUGAAAGGGGGGCUUUGUUUACCUUCCUUCACAAAACUGUGCAUCUGCAGGUGAACCUCCAAACACCUGCUGGAAAGGAAUGGAUGACUGAGGGUGUGGAGCGAAAUAUAGAUGUAAGCUUCCAGUUGCACCUGGAUGUGGAAAAAUCUGAGUGUCAUGCAAGCAUGGUUCACAAGUUACUUGCACUAUACUAUCAAUCUCAAACUCAAUGGACACAAAGGUAUCCAACAACCCGACACAUACCGGAGCUGCUACACGACAUCAGUUUGGUGGUGGGUCGUCUCAGGCUCUUGGGUGAGGAGAUUCACAGGCUGAAGAAGUGGGGAGGAUUGAAGCUUCGCAUCCUGAAGAUCACCAGUACGGACACACGAGUUCAUGUCGUCUUCUCAAGUCUGAAAGCGUUUGAAAAGUUUGAGUUAAGUCUGAUGGUCACUCCAGACUAUCCCUUUGGGCCACUUCAAAUACAGGACUUCAAAAAACACAUGGGGAAUGCAAGGUUGAGUCAAAUUGAAGACAUCAUAUCAUCAGUCAAACCAGGCAAAAACUAUCUGACAAAAGUCCUCAAGAAGAUCCACGAUGACCUCCUGUGCUAGAAUCUCAGGCCUUGUUGUUUACUCUGUUCUUUUCCGUCUUUUAAUUGUUUGUAUAUAUUGAAGUUUGUAUAAUCAAAAAUAAUAAUAAUUAAAAGCGUAGCCACAAACCACACCAGGUUUGGGUUUUACAUUUUU